AUGGAAAGCACACUUCACACACUCGACGACGCAAUGCACGACACGAUGUCAGAUGCUCACUUAGUAGACAAUCAUAUAAUGGACGGUGCUGAACAUAUAGUCGAAGAGGAAGUACUAUCUGUAGAUGUGGAGUUAGCGAAACAGAAGGAAAUAUUUAAAGAUUUUGCGACUGAAUUGCAGAGGUUACAACUUAGCCCUGGCGGCCCUCUCGGAGUAUACUUUGAAGCAGUCCAAGCUCUUGCACAGUGGCUGACAAGACAGUCUUCCCGCUUCCCAGACUUUCCCUUAACAGACUCAAAACCCGACCAAGAUGCUCUUUCCUCUAUUAACGACACAUUAGCAAGAUUACACGCAGAUAUAAUAACACAAAAAUCAGAGCAUGCUAAAGUCAAAGAAGUUGAAGCGACUUUAGACGGCGUUGAGGAAAGCAGACGCAGAACACACGAUGAUCCUGUUAACGGUCAAUUAAGUGACGUCAUCGUCACUGGUUUUGUCUCAACAUCCCAACUAGACGAAUGGUAUACCAAAGUUGUAGAAAUUGAGGAACUGCUUCAUCAUGUUGACGAAAAGAUAAAUGAAAUCCAUCAGCUCCAAGUCCAACAUAAGCAAUACAGAAUACCCACAGAGCUCAAACAAAAAAUUGACGACAUCAUCAGCACAAGUGCAAAAGAGACAGAGAAAUGGAUAGCCGACACUCAGAAUAGGACAAAUCAGUUGGAGAUUCCCGAUUUUAUCAAUAAACAAGAAUGGGUUGAAGAAGAACAAAAUUUAGAAGUAAUAGUAGACGAAAGACGAAAAAUGAUUGAGGCAAUUACCGCUGACAUUGAACAAUUCAAACAAGAUGGCAUCGAUGCAUUAAAUAAGAAAGCUGAUGAUAUUAUUGCUGAUACAAAAGAUUCGUCUAAUCAAGACGAUCAAGCGGUUAUAGACUUGAUAACAAAACAACGCAAGAAUUUGGACGAUAAGCUUGCCAAGCUAACAGAUUAUAUAACACUGAUGCUAUCACAGACAACUGUCGAGCGAUACACGGAACUUCUCAAGAAUCUCAACGACUUGCAAAAGAUGCGGCUACACAUGCAAUCAGUCCGAAAACUCAUUGCCCAACAAAAUGAUGCUGAAUUAGUGACCGAAGAUGUCAAGAUAGUCGAGGUAGAGAUAACAAACUAUCAACCAGAGCUACCAACUGACGACUCUGCUCUAUCAAAGGCUGUACGACAACGUCAUGCAAAACUGUUAGUUACCAUACAAAACAUUCGCGUAGCAGUGGAAGAGAACAGACUUCAGAUGGCCGCCUAUCUCAGUCCCUCAAGUCCGAGCUCACCAACUUCGGCUGGGUCGGACUUUGACAGGCUAAGUUCUGAAAUUCAGGAGCGACUAGAGUCGUUUAGCAUACGACUUUUGCCCCCACCCGUGUACAUGCUCGAAACAGAUUCGGAAAACGAUGAACCGGAACGAGUACAUGGACUUACCUGCAACGAUGAUCAUGUUGAAGAGCUCACGGAACGAUAUGGUUCGAUAGAAUCGGAAUUGGUUUCAUUCGAGAGAAGCAUUUGGGUCGAGUUUUGGCUCAACAGCGAAAGAGCAAAAAGGGUUCGCGGUGCCGAGGUCAAAGAACGGAUCAACGAGGUCGAGACAAAGUUUGCCGAAGUCAAAGGGUUGAUGGAACUUCGCAAGUCUGAUCUCGCUCGCAUAAAGGAAGGUCGAGAAUUUGCGAAAAAAGUUCACGCGAUUCAGGAUCAAUUCGACAUUGUAAAGGGAAAAAUGAGACGCGGUGACGUUGAAACCACUACUGAUGCUUCAAUUCAAGAACUCGACAACCACAUGAGCGAAGCCCAAAGCCUUCUCGAUGGACUCUGUAUAGCUCACACUCCAAUGAUGGCCGAAAGUUUUGAUGACAGCAGCUUUAGAGAAGCUUUCGAAAAAAUAAUUUCUGAACAACAACUUGUCCAGGACUGGAUUGAAGAAGUACGCAUCUGGUUUAAAGAGGCUGAACGUAUUCGCAUCUGGAUCGAGCAACGUAUAGACGUGUUGGAGAACGUUCCCCAGGUAGAUGUGUUCCAGGAAGGUCCAGCGCCAGUGACUGAAGAACAAGUCAAUACAUGGCAGAAAGAGUACGAGGAAUUGGAGCAUGACGUGGAAAAUUUCGAUGCGGAAGAUAUGUCUCGUCUUCGCGACCAUGUUAAAAACAUCAUGAGCAGUGACAAAACCGCUUCCAACACAAUGUCGCCGGCCGACACAAUGACGAUAUCUAUAACACUAAAAACUCUCGCUUUCUUAGACCAACUUUUCAACAUGUUAAAACGACGUGCUAACGAACUAGACUGUUUGGCGUUGCGUGUUCAGUGGGAACAAGAGUAUGAGAAAGCCAUGAAACAGUGGGGAGAUUUCAUCACGGAAAUUCACGACUUUAUAAAGCAGCGCAGCCGAUGGAAAGCUCCUACUGCUACACGAGCAGACGGUUUUUAUGAAGCCAUUGGGCAACCCUCCUAUAAAGAAAACAGCACAGAGGCUCAUACUUUUGGAACAAGAAUCACCAAGUUCAAAGACUCGGUUAUUGCAGAGGCCGGACGCAUUUUUGACGAGCUAGUCGAAGUAUCGCUUACAGAGCUUCCGGAACAUUUACUAGUACGACAAGAGAAUUUGGAAGAUCGGGAUUACGAACAUUUAACGCUGUACCAUACUUUCGCAAAGAAUAUCGUUGCUCAAAAGAAACAAGUUUUUGAUUACGUUUCCGACGCAGAGGCUGCUCACGUUGAAGGCUGUCGUUUACGCGAUGAAUUGAUAAAAGAAGAAUCCAAUCCUCGCGCAUCAAUGGAAAACAAAUAUGUGGCACGAGUAAAAGCCCUUAAUGACAAAAUCAACAAGGCAUGGCAAACCAAAGGCUCAACAGUCAUUUACCCAACACAUGCUCGUCAUGAAGAAUCCGAAAACGCCGAGGUUCAAGAGGGUGUCGAGAAAUAUUACAAAUGCCUGCAAAGUCUCACCAGCGAAGUUGAUGAAGCACUACAAGCCUAUCAGUGCGCUCUCAGGCUCACCAAGACCGCUGAAGAAUGUAAGAAGGAAGCUGCAAGAUUGGAGAAAUGGAUUGCAGACAAGCACAAGUUCCUUAACAAACGCAAGAGCGACAUGCUUGCAAAGAAAACAUUUACAAAAGAAGAUGUGGAAAAGUUCUUUGCCGAUAACACUGAAUUGACGUCAAACGUGGCAGAUUUCGAAUCCAAAGAUCUUCGUGAUUUGCUUGAAAAGGUUGCCGCUCUUGUCGCCGAGGUCCGAACUAUUGGAACCAAGUGCGUUAACACUGACGAAUUGGAAAACAUGAUGCACACUCUCGAAGGCCGUCUCGCUGGUUUACACGAACAUAUUGAAACUGACGCAGAGAUAUUGAGAAAGAAAAUGGUAGAAUCUUACAUGAACCAAGCAACAGAAAUCACAUCUUGGAUUGAGCCUCGGCUGCAAACUUUGCUUGGCAUAGCAAAUGAUGACACGCUUGGCGAACAGACCGAGAAGCGCUUGCGUGAAUUGAUUAGUGAAGUGGAUCGCAUCGAAACUGCUCGUCAAGGCUAUCGCACAUUUGAAUUGACAAAGGACCUGUCUGUAGGAUUGGCGCAAGAAAUGACACCACUAGAGCGCGAAGGCGAUGACGGGGAGGUUGAUAUUGUUAAAGCCGACGUAGAAGCGAUUACCGCACGACAAAAGGAACUCGAUGAUCUUUGGGAAGCAUUGAAAAACGCCGUUCCAGAAGCUCGCCAGGUUCUAGAACAAGCACUUCUCUUUGUUGAUGUCAAAGAAAAGGCCAACGAUCUACUUCAAAAGAUUGCUGAUUUGGGCAAGGAGAUUGAGAAUACAAACGUCCGAGACAUGGAUCACUCUACGACAAGAGACUGGCACAUUAAAAUAAAGGAUAUUGAGGAGAUUGAAUUUUUCCGAUUAGUCAGGCUUUACACUAACGUUAUUGAAAGUCUCCGAGAGAAACCAACGAAAAUAACAGACAAGGAAUCGAGCGUGCUUAAAAAUAAAUUGGAUCAAAUAUCGGAAGCCAUUCUCGGCAUCAAGAAACUUAUUGGCAAAAAGAGCGAUGACUUUGAAGCUUAUCAAUCAGCACAGAUUGCCAACGCUCAUAAAGCGCGUAUUGAUGACCUGCAGCGAUGGAUUGAGCAGACUAUAACAAACUUUGCAGAUGCCACACAAUAUGGUCUGAUGGUGGGCAAAAAUGAAGAUCAAAACAAUAACAACUUUCAGUCAUUAUCUCUUUUGUUUGAACAGUUCACCAACGAACUGCCAGAACGUAUGAAUGAAUUGGAAAGCAUCAAGGCCGAGUUUCAAGAUAUUUCAGCACGAGGAGAUAUUCGUGAACUGCAAGACAUUAUCGAAUGGCAUGAUCAGCUCGGCACUUCAUGGGAUGGAUUGGAAUUAGCUACAUCAGAAAUGAAAGGACUUGUUGAUAAAGUCAAGAGUUGGUAUGAUUGUCACGGGAGCAUCUACAGUGUUGAAACUGAUAUUGUUAAUGGAUUACAGCAGCGCAUCGAUAAGCUUGGAACCACAGGAUACGACGAACUAGCUGCAGAAGUCAAUGAAUUAGAUAUCAAGAUAAAAGAAGGGUAUUCAAGACUCGAGGAAGCCAGAGUUGCCUCACAUGAAAUUCCAGAGAAGCCAGGAGAACCACUCGAUGCGCAGAACAAACUUAAUUUCAAAGAUCACCAUGAAGAUAUGACAAAACGAUUAGACGCAUUAUCAGCUGCACUCAAGGUUGCAUUAACAGCAGCCCAUAACGCAUCCGCCCUCGCUGCUUUCCAUGCAGAGGCGGACCGCAUCAUGUCUGAUUGCUUGGAAGGGACAGCUAUUGUAAGAACUCGCCAUGACGAUUUAGAAAUUAGUGGAUAUUAUGCUCUUGAAGUCGACGAUAUCGAAAAGGUCUACCGACGUUCGAUUGAGGGAUAUACAGAAAGUGAACAAAAAUUAAGUGGCCUUGAUGAUCAAGUAAAUGGAAGUUUCAAGCAGGAAGCUGAUACAUUGAUAGAACAAAAUCCUACCAUCAACAAGGAACGCAUACUGAGUAUUUACAACCGAGUAAGCGAUACUUUGAAAGGAUUUUCGGAUGCAGUUGCACUUGAGCGACGGGAGCUUGAGCUUGUACGUAGGCUAUAUGCACAUGCCAAAGCUGCUCGGGAUAUCAAGGCAUGGAUACAGGGCUGUAAACGCGCUGUUCUCGACGUUCAGGUUGACGUUACCGAUCAGGAACUAGAAAUUGCAGACCUCGAAGAAAAAGUAGCCAGAUUCCAACCGACAGUUGAUGCAUUCGUAGAAAUGGCACGAAAGGUCUUGGUACCAGAAGCCGACAGUGCUGAAAUUGAUGUACCGCAACCAGAAGAAUCAAAUCCCAAGAUCAAAGAUGCCGUACAGCAGCGAACUGACCGUGUACUAGACGACUGGAAUGCUCUCAAAGACUUGUUAACGACCGUAAGAAAGAGUCUCAACGCUUCCAAAGAGAACCAAGAAGUCAGUCGAGCCAUCAAAGAGAUUCUUACGGCCAUUGGCCAGGUCAAGGAACGUGUGCUGAACAUUGAGUCAUAUACAGGCGACUCUGUACUCCGCCUGCCAACAAAAGAAGACCUUGAUAAUGGUGAGCGAGAGCUUGAUGAAAUCCAGGCUGAGGUUGACCACAUUCUUCUGCCUAGGAUCGAAGCUUUGGAUGAGAUGCUCAGUAAUCUCACAGAAAAUGCGACCGGCUAUUUGCAACAGCGUGCUGGUAUUGCUGAAUCUUUGACGGGUCUCGCCAAUUGUAUUGAUAAUAAACGUAAUCUACUCCGAGAAGCGACUCGUCUAGCAAUAUUUGGUACCAAGGCUGACGAAAUGGAAGCUAUGAUAAGCUCGUUAUUAGAAGUAAUCGACAUGGCCACAACGGCAGAUGACGAUCUCGCAACGCUACCCCCGACUGAGCUUAAAUCUAGACUCAUUGAAUUAGAUACAAAGUAUCAAUACUACGAACCAAAGAUAUCUCAAGAAUUGGAAAACAUUCGAAUCAUGGCUGAGGGCAUUAAAGACGACUGGCGAGUAGAAGAACGACUCGGCGCCCUCACUGAACAAUGGGCAGAACUAAAGGCAUUAGCAAACACAAAGAAAGAUGAGUUGAAACGUUUGCUUAACGGUCAGAAACGUGCACUACAACCGCCGACCAGACAGCGACGAGCGGCAUCCAAUCCUUCUUCUUCAGGUACGACACCAACAAAUUCGUCUGUGCGCACAGUAACAGCUCGUCCUUCAUCAAGAUCAUCCGCGUUAACACCAAGAUCAUCAACUUCUUCAUUACGAACAGCACGAUCGCCUUCGCCGGCGUCUAGCCGUGUUACGAAAAGAAGCGUUGUGUCACCCACCGGAUCUCCGAGACCUGUUAAUUCUUACCGACGAGCCGGUUCAAGAUUGGCUAGUCCGUCGAGUACGCCGAGACAGACGCCGAGCCCGACACCUGGCGCUUCACGAAGACCCCCGAUCAGAUUAUUGCCGCAUUCCGUUAAUAAUUACGUACCUGAUCCCAAUGAUCAGUUGGAUGUCGAGGUUGCAAGGAUCGUUAACGCCUGUCCCGUCAAGAUUAAAGUCUCUAUGGUUGAAAAAGAGUCUGGAAAAUACAUGUUUGGUGAAGUGGAGCCUAAAUUGUGUUACUGCCGUAUUUUGAGAAGUCGUAUGGUUAUGGUCAGAGUUGGUGGUGGCUGGGCUGAACUGUCAAAAUUCCUUGUCGAACACGCUAAUCUGGAACAAAAGUACAUCCCCAAAGCCCGGUCUUUUGUCGGACCUAACGAAAUCGAAUCUAGUAGUAAAGCCACUGAUGGUGCCCGUUUUCAUGAGGCGUACCUCAGCUUUGAGCAGAAGGGACCAAGACUCAGAGAAGGAGAAACGAGUUCUAGUUCCAUGGCGUUGAAAAUCCCGACUGCUAAAAGAAAUGUGAGUAGUCGUUUUGGGCAACCGAGCGGGAGUGGGAGCGGGAUAGGAAAGUAG